AGAAAAGAAAACCUCCUCUCAACACCAGAGUCAACCGACUUGAACCGCGCAUCAAAAUGGCUUCAGACUCGGAACAAGAUUAUCAAGAAGAUCCCAACGAAGGCUUCGAGGAUGACCUCGACUUGCCCGAAGAUGGUAAUGAUGUCCACAUGAAAAGGGAAGAAAGUUAUGAGGGGCGCCUCAAAGCAGCUGUGAAGACGAUUAAGAUGAAAGGGAAGUUUGAGAACAAGAACGACAUUAAUAUGUUUUUGCAUGAGUAUGGAGACAUUGCUGGCGGAUCGCCGCUCAAAGUUUCAGGAAACCUACUUCACGCCCUAAUCGACGUAGUUAAGCAUACUGACGAUAUCAAGUCGAAAGAUAUUGAAAUCCUGAUCCGGGAACUGGUUAGGAUAUAUCCAGAGUUGCUCAUUAAGUUAAACAAAGAUGGGCACAAUCCCAUUUUCAUGGCCAUAAGAGCCUCUCGGCAUCAGCUUGUCGAGUAUAUGAUCUCUUCCUGCAUAGACAAUCAGGGACAGUCCAUAAAUAGGGAAUCCGUAAGCGCUGCGUUAAGAAUGAAGGCUCCGGGAGGCGAAACGUGCCUCCACGCCGUCUUCAAGGAGAGGUUUAACUCGGGCACGGUAAGCAUGCUUAUUGAGAACGCCAGCGACGAAGCAUUGUCUAUCCAAGAUUCUGACGGCAAGACACCAAUGCAUUAUGCCAUCUCAUUCAAGGAAUGCACGGAAGUAAGGGCUAAGCUGAUUGAGCUUUUCAUCGAACGCGAUUUGAACGCGACACGGAACAAACAGAGGCCACAAAAUACUUUUCUUGAUCUGUUUGAUAAGGAUGGCUUGUCAAUUUACCGGGAACAUCAAAACACGAGGGAUAUUAUUACCAGGAAGUUCAUGAAACGACGUCAGGCUACGGGGAGUAUGAAGCAAGAUCAAACCGACGCUUCAAGAUUGCCUAAAGAGCCCAUGCCCCAGGUCGGCAUAGGAUAUCCGGGGGGGUCGGCCAUAGUCAGACCCACUAACGACCGCGAAGAAGAGAGAUAUGGUCGUGUUGCUAAUAGGAGCGGUGGUUUAGAUGAGCGUGAAACCUUACGCCAAAAGAAGAAAGCAGAGGAGGCUGCUGGCCGAGAUACUAACAGGAACCAGAUAACACGAGUGAAUGAGCCCAGUGAAAAGCCCAUACAGCUAGCAGCCAAAGUCAAUGGUACAGCUCGACAACAAGAACCGCCAUCACCAAAUACACCAGUUAAGCGGAGCAACACGAUACACUCUGAGGCGACUCAAGACCGGGAGAAGGAGAAAUUGUUAGCAAGCACAGCCGAGAAGAACAUUGGCAAGUUGAAUGCCCGUACCAAGAUUUCUGACAAGAUUUUACUGGACCUAAAGUUGCAUUAUAUGAGGACAAGGAACGCUGAAAAGGUGAUCAACUUUUUAUAUGGUAGCAACAUGAACGAUAUCCAAACUAGUUUUGACUAUGAUACUCUACCCCGAAAUAUUCUAUGGAAGAACUUCAUCGGGAGAUUUGGCGCAGAUUCGAAAUCCGGUCUUAAAUUCGACAGCGUGCUACAAUAUGUAACGCUCCCACACAUUGAAGUCCGACAAAAAGGUCGUCUGGCCGAUCAAGACGCCAAAGUACAAUCUAAGAUACACCAACCUGGAGCCCUCGGUUGCGAAGAUAUGAAGUAUAUUUUUGAUUGGUUGUAUAAUAAGGGUGUACGCCACAUUAUCAGACUAACGGUUGAAGAUACCGGGUAUUCGGGGGAGAAAGUCCACAGUGAUCAAGCUAUCCAGAAGUCCCUAGAGAAUUUUGUUGUUGAACAUCUCGAUUGGCAAAAAGUAGACUUGGAUCCAGAGACUAUACUACAUGUUAGUAGCAAAGUUAAUACAACGGCACUUACGCAUGACGGCCCAAAGGACACCGAGUCGGCCCCCUAUUCGCAGUUAAAGCAGCUGUACCUGAGGUGGAGCGGCAGUAAUGCAGUACUCCGAGCCUGGAGCGAACCAGAAGGGUUGCCAAUGCUCCCCCAACUCCUGAAAGUCUGCCUAUAUAGACCUCCCUCAGAGAAAGCCUAUGAUAAUCUAGAAUGGAUUGAUAAGAAAAUCAUGGCGUUCCAGACCAGACUCAAUGCAAACCGAAAAGCCAUACGAGAUCAGAAGCUCGCGGCUUCCGGCAAUCAGGUUACAUCUAGUAUUGAUAUUGGAUUUAACGAUGUUGAGGUUAUUGCCACUGACUUGGGUAUUGAUGAGAGUAAAGUGACAUCUAGUAAUGUUUCCCACUCUACUGCUCCGACACUUGUUAAGGGGGUUAAUUCUCAUCGGUGGCUGAAAUCAACAGCAAGAUUUGCUGGCGAAAUGAUUCCCUUCUGGGAAAAUACAGUCAAAGAAUUCCUCGAGACGAGGAAGAACCAAGGUACCCAAGAGCGGAUUGAAGACGAUGUUAUACUAGCACUGAUUGACGAUGGUGUGGACAUGUUCGAUGCUACUUUAGACAAUCAUGUACUCGAGGGCAAGAGCUUUGACUUCCAUGACGGGAAGAUUAGGCCGCCGUUCUCGUCAGCAAGAGGCCAUGGUACAGUUAUGGCUAGUAUGAUCCUACGUGUUUGUCCAAUGGCAAAAGUCUAUCCAAUACGACUGAAGACAUAUCAGAAUGAGAAUGGGAAGAACACGAUCGACAAGGACUAUGCAGCGCGGGCUAUUCAAGCAGCUCUUGAUAAGAAGGCUACAAUUAUUUCCAUGUCGUGGACGCUCCCGAUGAAGAAUAAUAAGAGCGAUUCGAAAACUCGAUUGGACACUGUUCUGAAAAAGGCAGUAGAUAGCAAAGUCUUAAUGUUCUGUUCUGCUCCCGACGAGGGUAAAUUCACCGAGCUUGACUACCCAAGCGGGCCAUGGCGUGACCGCUUCUUCCGCAUCGGCGCCGCACGUGCUGACGGUACGGUAUUUCCUUGGACACCCGACGAUGGUAUCACAUACGUCCUACCCGGCGUCGACGUAAUCAAAGAACAAGCAGGGAAACAAGCAGGAAGACGUCCUUUCGAGACGCACUUGCUAGGAGGCACUACAGCACGCGAGGUAGACGUCAAGUACGAGACCGGCUCCAGCGUCGCCACAGCACUAGCGGCUGGCCUCGCCGCCAUGAUCAUCUACUGCGUCAAAGCGAGCAUCCUCGCCGUCAAGACAGCGAACCAAAAUAAGGGCUCGGUCGUGGGCAUCGCAAUCCCCGACAAUGGCGCGAAUCUGAUCACAGACCCCGAUGCUAUGAAACGAGCUUUUGCCAGCUUGGGCAGCGUUACGCAGAAUAAGUUUAUCCAGGUCUGGGAGGAGCUGGAUAAUAUCAGCGAGUUAUUGGAGGCUUGGCGAGGUCAGGAUUUAAGUACAGAGGCCAAGCUGGAACAAAUCGAACGCUUUGUGAAGUUUGGACGCAAGCUUUGGAACUCGGUUAAGUAUUAGCGGUGGAAAGGGGGGGAGACAGGUAUGCAAAAAACCACGCUUUUCACGAUCGAUUCAUAUCAACCACAAUAAAGACACUGGAAUGGACUUAAUUCAUUAGGAUUAUUCUUUAUUACCUGUUCAUAUAUAAGGAAACGAAGGUAUUCUUAGACCUAUAUCCACGCUUCGGUAAGGUAAUCCAACGUUAAAUUCCGGUGGAGAUCCCAG